ACUAGGUAUUCUACAACAGUAUAACUGUUACGUCAUUUACCAAUCUCGUUCCCCGAGCCCGCGAUUUCUCUGGUAAUAUACGUGUUGAAGCCACUGAGCUAUAUAUAGUGGAAAAUGAAAGUCAACCGAUCUCGUGACCGUCUUAUGCUUUUGACAUUAUAAUAUAUAAUAUAGUACAGUUCUCGUAAUGUGGUGAAUUUAAGUGGAACUUAGUCAAUACUGGCAAAGAAAUAGAUCAGAAUAAUAAGAAUUGCGUUUCAAUGAGGCACAACAUGAUCCUAGCAUUUAAAAUUUGGUCAAUCUUUUUUAUUGCUAUUUGUUUUUCCUUUACCACUUGCAUAAAUGCUGAGAGUUAUCAUUGCAAAAAAGUGGAGUGUGGAUGUGAAUAUACUUUUAAUGGAACAACAUAUAAAAUUUCAUUGGAAGGAAUCAGUAAGAAAAACAAAAAAGUGACAGUUGGCUACUGGACCUACUAUAUUAAUCCAUGUUAUGGGUUCUCAGUAAGCGAUGCCCAUUGCGAUGAUGUCAGAGUGUGCCAAGCUGCAGGAGAUGGAUCUUUUCCUCUUGCAAAAGAUAUAAACAAUUAUGGUGAAUAUGAUGCAGCCAAAAAAUCAGUGACUGUUAAUUAUUCACCGGUUACCUACCAGGAUAAACAGCGUACUGUGCAAUUAAUUGUGAUUGAAGCCAGCGAAGCUCCACCAGAUGUAGAAAUAGAUGGCCUCACUUUUAAAAUCACAAUGAAAUCACCAAGCCUAGCACCUCAUAAAGUUCAACCAAGUUCAAAUCAGGGAAAAAAAGGAAACCUUAGCACUGGUAGUAUCCUUGUCAUAACUUUCUUUGUCGUUCUCGUUAUUUAUCUUGUGUCUGGAGCUCUAUUUAUGAAGUACAGAAGAGGUGCGACUGGGAAAGAAAUUGUACCCAAUGUUGAUUUUUGGUCAUCGAUUCCAGGAUUGGUUAAGGAUGGCUGUGUCUUUUUUGGCAAGAAAAUGAAAGGACUGUGCGAACGCUGUUGCAAUAGAGAAGGAUACAAUGAAAUAUAAUUUCGUAUAAAAGUUCAGUUAUCAAGGACAACAUUUUAAUAGACUGUUAAAAUUCAAUUUUCUACGUGAUUGAUCAGUUGACGGAAUUUCUCAAAUGCUGUGGGCCGUCGCUAAAUAUAACUAGGAUAAUUCAGCACAAUUCAGAAUGCACAGUAAUAUAAGGCCGGUCAGUCCCGAAAGGCCAGUCCCAUUUUUCAUUCAAGGCAUAUUUCCAGUAUGCAAAUGAACUUGAAAAACAAAGACUUCAGCUCAUUAAUUAACAUUAGGUUCGGCACAUGAAAAGUUCGAUGUCUGAAACAGGCCUAAAGCCCAACGCCGCACACGUGAGCUAUUAGCUGAGCUAAAGAUCACGCGUCGCUGUUAGCUCAGCAAGUUACUCUCGUGUGCGAAUAGUUUUUCGUGAGGAAUUCGCCUCGAGAGGCAAGUUUCUCUCGUGUGCGGAUGGUUUUCGGGCUGAGCUAGCUGCCACGCGAAUUCGUUAGCUCAGCUGAUAGCUCUCGUGUGCGGCGGGCUUAAGGCCUAGGUUAUAUGUCACAUUUUGGUCGCGUCGAAUGCAAUUCGAGCAAUAGAUAAUGAGAUGAUAUAAUGAAGCUUAACGAGGUUUACCAUCUUAUUUCUAAUUGCAUUCGACGCGACGAAAAUGCGACUUAUAACCUAAUGCAUAGGCUUAAGCAACGACAAGGCGAAAUAUUACCGUUAUUGAAUUGACAUUGAUUUGGCAUAAGUACUUGUAUGAUUUGUAAAUGGAUAUUUUUCACUGAAUUUUCAAUCCCGUGACCGUGUGAUUUAUCCCUAGUAUUAUUAUUAGUCAGGAUGAGCGUGAAGGAGUCCCAAAGUUUGAUAAUUAACUGCUUGUUUAUAACAAGAUUUUUGUAGUCAAUUAGCGCGAAAGUUGGCCAAUCACAAUCAAGGAUUUAGAGUUUAUACCCGUUGAUAAAGAGAUUGCCGAGUUUUAUCGGAAAAUAUAACUGACACAAGGUUUUUGUUGAAAAUUGCAAAAAUUGCACAUUACCAGGGUGAGGCCAGGGUGAUUCCAAAUUAAUAAAACUUUUCGUUCAAUC